GAUGCCAUGAAUGAUACACCUUGAGAAGCCAUGAAAAUUCUGGUUUGCCUCCAACAACCAAAUCCCCAUAUCACAAAACCUUCUCCAUGGAAUCCAAGAGCCCCAACCCCCAUUGCCACCAAAGACCUUAACCUUCGUCCAAGAACUUGGAAGCUGCAUGCUGAAGCCAAAGGCUUCGGCGUAGCACCAGGUACCAUACUAGAAAAGAAGACAGCACAGAAAGAAACUGUUCCAAGAAAGAACUCUGGGAACGGUGAUGAUGAUGAUGAUGAGAAGAUACCACAGGUGGUGUUUGAUAGGAUGAUUGUUAGAAUCUUGUUCUUUGUGGGGGCUCCUAUGGGCAUCGGCGUGGCUCUGUUGAACCUGUUUGGUGCAGUUAAGGACCAACACUUGUGGGAUGUGCCAGUUUGGCUUCCUUUCUUGACAACAUUUAUCGCCUUUGGGGCAUCAGCUCUUGGAAUUGCCUAUGGCACUCUCUCCACAAGUUGGGAUGCGGAGAAGAAGGGUUCCCUUCUCGGGUUGGAAGAAGCUCAGCAGAACUGGGUUGAUGUGUGGAAAGAGGAAGAAGACAGCAAGAGAUAGAGGCGUUAUAAUAUACAGGAAUGCACCUUCUCUAGUCUUCCCCAUCUCGCUACAGGAGUGUUCUUGGAGGGACUAAUAGUCUAGAAAGUGUUGUUCCUCCAUAGAUUUCUAUUUAAAAGAAUAUAGCAUCAGUGACUAAUGUUGAGCUUAAGGAUGAUUCCAUUCUAUCUUGUUUCCUAGAAAUGAAAAUCAAGUCUGCUUACAGUGAUAACUGUUCUAAUACCUGAGGCCCAAAUGCUACAAGAAAAGCCAAAUGUCAUCGACAUUAUGUUCUUAAGCACACUAGAUUACAAUUAAGCUCUAAUCUAAUGCUUAGGACUUCAGUUAUUUCUUAUAUUAUAUUCUUCUCAAGUCAUAUUGAUGUGUAUUGAAUCAUUUUGUUUGAGCUUGGGUUGUUUUGAUCUGUUGAUUGAACCUCAAGCUUAUCCUAAUCUGACUCCAAUUUUGAAUGGUUA